AAACGCCACUACCACCCUCUCCAUUUCGUCGCCGUGGCGAACUCUCUCUUCCUAAAAUCUCCGAUCGGUUCUUCACGGAGCUCGGAUUACAGCUAUGAGAUCCAAAUCAAGCUUGUUGUUUCUGCUGCAGUGGUGGAUUCUGGCGGCGUUGAUUCUACUUCUGCCUCAGUCCGAGUCUGCUCAGCAAGCGUUCCGGAGAGACCCUGGUCAUCCUCACUGGCACCACAAUGCCUUCCUCGACGUCCGUGACAGCGUCCGAUCCGACGUUCGCCGCAUGCUCCAUACUCGCGCCGAGGUUCCAUUCCAGGUUCCACUCGAAGUAAAUGUUGUGCUUAUUGGUCUCAAUGGAGAUGGCGGCUACAGGUAUGCUGUGGAUCCUCAGAAAUUUGAGGGGUUUCUUAGAGAUAGUUUUCCAUCACAUAGGCCUUCAUGUCUGGAGACAGGGGAGCCUCUCGAUAUUGAGCAUCACAUUGUCUUUAACACGUUUCCUGCUGGGCAGCCCGAACUGAUAGCACUUGAGAAGGCACUGAAAGAGGCCAUGAUUUCUGCUGGAACUGCAAGAGAGGCUGAGUUUGGGAGACAGGUGCCUUUAUUUGAAGUGGAGGCAAUGAUUGUAGAGCCAAUAUUUCAAAAGCUGUAUUCUUAUAUAUUUGAUAUAGAUAAUGUGGGGUUUUCUGCACCAGAGAUAGAUAGACCUGCACCAAAUGCAAUCUUUAUUGUCAACUUUGACAAGGUCAGAAUGGAUCCUAGAAAUAAGGAUAUAGAUCUCGAUAGUUUGAUGUAUGGCCAAAUUAGCAGGCUGAGUGAUGAAGAUAUGCAAAAACAGGAAGGGGACUAUAUUUAUCAUUAUCGAUACAAUGGAGGAGGAGCAUCUCAAGUUUGGUUGAGCUCUGGAAGAUUUGUUGUGAUCGACCUCUCAGCUGGCCCUUGCACUUAUGGAAAGAUUGAAACUGAAGAAGGAAGUGUCAGUCCUCGAACAGUGCCACGGAUACGGAAUGUGAUGUUUCCACGGGGGUUUGGUUCUCUCCGUGAUCAUACUAGCCAUGAUAAUUUCAUGGGACAUCUGGCUGCCUUGAUAGCAACCACAGUUGAGCAUGUUAUUGCUCCAGAUGUUAAGUUUGAGACUGUUGAUCUGACCACAAGAUUGCUCAUACCCAUUAUUGUCCUUCAAAACCAUAACCGAUACAAUAUCAUGGACAAGGGUCAUAAUUACAGCAUAGAUGUUACAGCAAUUGAAGCAGAGGUGAAGAAGUUGGUUCAUGAGGGCCAAGAAUUAGUAAUUGUUGGGGGGCCACAUGCAUUGCACCGUCAUGAGAAGCUGGCUAUUGCUGUAUCAAAAGCCAUGCGUGGCCAUUCCCUGCAAGAGACAAAGAAAGAUGGACGGUUCCAUGUUCAUACCAAGACAUUUUUGGAUGGUGCCAUCCUUAAAGAAGAGAUGGAACGGUCUGCAGAUGUGCUUGCUGCAGGCUUACUUGAAGUGGCUGACCCAUCUCUUUCAAAUAAAUUUUUCCUUCGUCAGGACUGGAUGAACUGGAUGGAUGAAGCUGAUGGUUCAGGUGACUCCAUUUUAAAGCAUAAACCUCUUUGGGCUUUUCAUGAAUCAAAAGGAAACAAGGCAAGGAAAAAGGCAGCACAAAAGAAAAGGGGGGAUUUGCACCGGACUUAUGGAACAAGAGUUAUUCCUGUCUUCGUGCUAUCAUUGGCUGAUGUAGAUCCCCACCUUAUGAUGGAGGAUGAAAGCCUUGUAUGGACAAGCAAAGAUGUUGUCAUUGUACUCCAGCAUCAAAGUGAAAAAAUACCUUUAAGUUAUGUUUCUGAAACCGAUAGAAGGCAUGCCCUUCCACAGCAGGCACAGCGACAUAUAGUGGCAGGGAUUGCUUCUGCUUUGGGUGGAUUAAGUGCACCAUAUGAAAAGGCUUCUCAUGUACAUGAAAGGCCGGUUGUGAAUUGGCUGUGGGCUACUGGUUGCCACCCAUUUGGACCAUUCUCAAAUUCUUCUCAAAUCAGUCAGAUGCUUCUGGAUGUUGCACUGAGAAACACAAUAUAUGCACGUGUAGAUUCUGCGCUGAGGAAAAUUCGGGAUACAUCAGAGACUGUCCAAUCUUUUGCUGCUGAAUAUUUGAAAACCCCCCUAGGAGAACCUGUGAAGGGAAAGAAGAAUAAAACUACUACCGAGCUAUGGUUGGAGAAGUUUUACAAGAAAACAACAAACUUGCCUGAACCUUUCCCACAUGAAUUGGUUGAACGUUUGGAGAAAUACUUGGAUAGCUUGGAAGAACAACUUGUUGACCUGUCUUCCCUGUUAUAUGACCAUCGAUUACAAGAUGCACAUAUGAAUAGUUCAGAUAUCUUCCAGAGUGCAAUGUUUACCCAGCAGUAUGUUGAUCAUGUUUUGGUGGGUGAGAGGGAGAAAAUGAGAUGCUGCGACAUUGAGUACAAGUAUCCAGUGCAAUCUUCCCAAACAUUUGUCUAUGGGGGAAUCCUUCUUGCCGGCUUUUUGGUAUAUUUUGUGGUCAUUUUCUUUUCUUCUCCCCCGGGACGUUGAUACUUAUAAAAGUCCAAAUACACAUACUUGGCACCUGCAACCACAGCAAAUUUUGAAGGCCGAGUUACUCCUGUAUGCCUCAGAGAAAAAAGUAUACCAUGGAUAUGUCUUGGGGAAAGAACAUAGGAAUUUUAUUCCUGCUGUAUACUCUCAACAGAAACUGUAUCUUCGCUGUUCUUGUUUACUUGGAAUCAGAAAACUGGGGUUAUAGAUCAACGGUAAGAGAAGGAACAUCUGUUUAGUGUUUGACAAGGUAGGCUCUAAACCAAAUUAGUGGAUUAGAUGAGUUUACUUAUAGUAAAAAUGAGGAGAUGCAGUUAACAUGAGACACGACAGGGAAGACAAGGUUGGGAUAAUCCCUACCCCCCAAACUAGCAUGUUUUAUACCAAAUUUAUAGCUUACUGGGGUGCCAUUUGGGAUUGGCUUAGACUGUACCUUUUUUCUCCUUGCCCUUAUUUAUGGAAUUUUUCUGAAUUUGUUAAAUUUUAGUAAUUGAUUUUUAAAAGCUCGUGCGUAAUAAUUACUGAAAUUUUCA